AUGGCUUCCUCCCGAAUUCGACAUGAUCCCAACUGGUCCGUCCGCCAAGGCCUGGCUGGCUCAUUCUUAAAACUCUUCCUUCGGACCUACACGGCCUGUCACUUCAGAUGGCCCAUUUCACUGAAGCCACACCAUGAGGGGGAGCGAUUUGUGGUGAUUGAUCCCGCCAACACGCACUUUUACACAGGCGUUGCAGUGGAUCAAGAAGUCAAGCCUGAGGCCGUCGGGGCCACGUGGUUUCCUGAACCUUGCAUUGACGCCAUUUCCAUUCCUGAUGGGCAAUACGUCGUGCUUCAUCUUCACGGCGGCUCGUACGUGCUGGGUGAUGGACGCACCUCCUCCUGCAACUUCCUCGCGAAGACACUCCUCAACCACACACCGGCCAGUCACAUCUUGUGCUUACAAUACCGACUCGCCUGCUACCCGAAUGGCCGAUUCCCGGCCCAGUUACAGGAUACCCUCACUGCGUAUGUCUACCUCAUUCACACCCUACAGAUCCCUUCAUCCCGCAUCGUGCUAUCCGGCGAUAGCUCAGGGGGACAUCUUGCGCUGGCCCUGCUGCGCUACAUCGUCGAGUACGGCGACCCGUCCCGACUCCCACCUCCACAGUGCAGCUGGCUCUGGUCGCCAUGGUGCGAUGUCCCCGCCGCAGUGGACCCGGACAGUUGGACCCAAAGCGAAAACUACGGCACCGAGUACAUCCCAGGCUCCUUUCCCACCUGGGGCGCCCGGCAAUUCCUGCGCGACCUGGCCAUCACAGAGACAGUGGAGCGGUACGUGGCACCCAUCCACCAUCCGUUCAUACUCCCCUCGCCCGUGUUGAUCAUCACGGGAGGUCGUGAGGUUCUAUUCCCGGAUCACCAGGAGCUGGUCCGACGGUUCCAGGAAUUUGCCGGCAAGGAAUCACAGAUUGAGCUGGUGGUGGAAGAGAAGGUGCCUCACGACGUCCUCAUGAUUGGCUGGAUUAUGAGGUUCCAUCAGGAAGCGGAGGCUUGUGCUCGACAAGCGGGGGAUUUUGUGCGGCGCGUGGGGGCCGCAGAGAGGUCUGGGGUGACAGAGCAGGCACGAUGA